CAGAAAAGUAAGAAAAAACAUUGUUGAAGCGACGCUCCUUUUUCGCAUUCGUGUUGCUCAAAUCGCUAAGCAGCCAUAAAGCGUUUUUCCCGGUCAAACAUUUGUUCAAGUGAAAAAAUAUUCAAGUGUUAAGUAAACCACGCGAAAACAUGAGAAAGGAAAAUUUGAAACGCAAGGGCACCGAAAAUGGUGGUGAAAAUGAAGAAAAUGAUGCAUCGCCGGCAGAUUUGGAGAAAGCGGACGAUGAACAAGAGGCUGUCGCAAAUGGUAAAGAAAAUGGAGACUCCAAAAAGGGGUCAACUUCCGAUGACGACUUCGAAGAUGCCGAAACCGGUGAGAAAGAUGACGCUAAAAAAAUAAAAGACGGUGCAAACGAAAGCGGUGACGAUGACGAGGAGGAUAAGGAAAAGGAUGACGAGGAUUCUGAACCGUUGGCCAAAAAAUCUAAAAAGUCGGAAUCUGGUAAAAAGGGUAAAAAGCCGGCAAAGGCCGCUAAAGCUGCCGUAAAGACUAAGGCAGCCAAGAAAGCAAAAGUAGAAGAAAACAAUGCAAAAGAAGAAGAAGAUGAUGAGGAAGAGGAAUACGAAGUACAGGAUAUUAUCGAUCAUCGUAAGGAGCGCGGAGGAAAGCUUGUUUAUCGAAUUCGUUGGAAGAAUUACGGUGAAGAUGAUGAUACUUGGGAACCUGAGGACACCCUGUCCUGUCCGGAUAUAAUAAAAAAAUAUAAAGCAAAAAUGGAAAAGGAAGAAUCUUCUGCGACUCCGGCAAAGAAGGGUAAACCUGCAAAGGGUGGUUCGGCAAAGAAGAAGGGCAAAAAGCCAGCUCCAAAAAAAGCUGCCAAGGCGGCUGAAGCUGACUCUGAUGUAGACGGAGACGAGGAAGAAGACAACACAGAGUAUGAGGUAGAGAAGAUCAUUGACGUCCACUUCAAGCGAGAUGGGAAGCGUGAGUAUCUUGUCAGAUGGAAGGGUUUUUCCUCUAAAGACGAUACAUGGGAACCUGCCGACAAUCUGAACUGUUCAAAUUUGAUUGACAAAUUCAACGAAAAACUGGAUAAGUCCAAAAAUGCUAGCGUCAAGGAGUUGCGUGUUGAGAGGAAACCCACCAAUCGGCUAUCUCUGAAUUUGGGCGGUCGCAAAAAUUCACGCCGCAAUGCUUCUAGAGCUCGAGUAACUUACUACGAUGGAGAGUAAGAGUGGUGUGAUUAAAGGACUUACCAUGCAGUAAGAGCACCACAUCGAUGGUACAUUUUAUUGAUGUUAUACAACAAAAGAGUUAAAUCGGACGAAUUUUUGCUUCGGAAAUCAAAAUGAGGAUUUGAUUUCAUCUCCUAGACGCUAAAUGUUUCAGGAUUGACAGAAGUGAGCAUCCUCUUCUGUUAAUUUUUUCAAUUCCUUUAUUUUAUUUUCGUCAUUAAAAUAUUCGGUUUAGGCAGUAUAAGAAACUAUCAAACAAAACGUAAAAAACUAAGAAAACCUUAAACCAAUGUAUUUGGCGUGAACACAUGUAAUAAUUAUAAGUCUUAUAAUUAUAAUAAACUUCACUACAACUAAGCAUCAGUA